AUGAGAACAUCUGUUCUAUUAAAACGAAAGAAAAAUAUUCAAAAGGUUGGAUUAAUAUCUGAAACUCAAUAUCGGCAAAAAAGUAUAAGAGCAGCCGUUUUAAAAGAUUACAAACAUCCUUUAAUUAUCGACGAUGUUAAACAAUCCAAGAUGAAAAAUCAUCAAAUAAGAAUUAAGGUACAGUACUGUUCAGUGAAUCCCUCUGAUGUUGAAAUAGUAAAAGGUUAUCACGAAUAUAAACCGAAAUUACCAUUCGUGCCUGGAUACGAAAUGGCUGGAGAAAUAACUGAAGUUGGAAAAGAUGCUAAAUUAAAUGGAUUUAACGUUGGUGAUAAAGUCAUUGGUUUGAAUAAAGAAUCUUGCGGGGGUUUUGCAGAAGAAUGCGUCGUCGUUUCAAAGGAUUGCUACCACGUUCCCCAAGGUAUUUCCCUAAAAGAAUGUAGUGCUUUAUUAGAUGGUUACAUAACAGCUUUAUUAGGUUUAGUUAGAAGAGGUAAAUUAGAAGAAGGUGAAACAGUAUUGGUAACUGCUGCUGGUGGAGGAGUGGGUUUGGCUGCUGUCGAUCUUGCUGCAAAUGUUUACAAAGCAAAGGUCAUAGCGGUUUGUUCGACAGAAGACAAAGCGGCUUUAGUAAGGGAAAAAGGUGCAUUUAUGGCAUUGAAGUACGACGAUCACCUUGUCAAAGAAGUACAAAAUUUUACCAAUGGUAAAGGAGUUAAAGUUGUUUUCGAUGCGACUGGAGAUAAAGUUUUUGAAAGCGCAUUGAAUUGCGUGAGCAAUGAAGGUAGAAUGGUUCUUGCAAGCAAUGCAGCUAGAAAUAUAAAAAAUUUUAAUCUAUCAUCACUACUACCAAAGGCUGUCAGUAUAACAGGAGUAUCACCUUGGCAUUAUAGAAUAAACGAUAUAGAAACAUAUAAGAGUUGCGUUGAAGACGUCAUAGACAUGGCAGAACAAGAAUUAAUAACUCCUCAUAUAUCUCAAGAAUUUGAUUUGAAAGAUGUCAAUUCUGCUUUCGAGUAUUUAUUAGAUGCUAAAUGUACUGGAAAAGUUGUCGUCAAAGUAGAAUAA